AUGAACGACUGGAGGGAUGUGAGAGAUCCUCGGGAUCGAUUCGAUCCUCGUCUCGGCCGCCAGUGGUACAAACGAGACGGGCCGCAUCGAGAGUACCGCAACGCGGACCGUGAAUUCAACGCACAUCCGGCGUCCCGACUCUACCGAGGAUAUCUGAACCCCGACUACACGGUGAAUUCUCUGGGUCACGAGCCGCCGGCGAUCAAGUUCCCCCGCUACAACGGAAAGAGCGGCGCCGCCAUCGAACCAGUAUCGUAUACUACAGCCUACAACAAUAACGAAAACGGUGACGCUCGCGUGGGUCACGUGAAUGAGGCAUUCGUCGAGUCGAACAAUGCCAUCAAUCAGGAGGGCGGCAAGAUCCCUCUUGCGAGGCUCAAUUCAGACCCGGAGUCGAUGCGCCGGACACAGAAGCUCGCCGUGGACGUAGAGCGCCUCCGAGUCACAUAUGGAUACGGCAGCCGUGCUGUGGAAGUUCUAAAAGGGAUUGAUCUCACUCUGCCCGAAGGGAAAAUUUACGGACUCCUCGGACCGAGCGGAUGUGGAAAAACAACACUGCUGCGAUGCAUCGUGGGCCGCAAAGAACCCACUGGGGGAAUGGUUCGAGUUUUCGACCAGGUCCCCGGCACGCCGGGAGCAUUCAUUCCGGGCCCAGGAGUCGGUUACAUGCCACAGGAACUCACUUUGUAUCCGGAGUUCACGAUUUACGAAACGCUACUCUUCUUCGGGAAACUCUUCGGAUUGUCCGAGAGCCUCCUCAAUGAGCGUAUCCAGUUUCUCUUGAAGUUCCUGGACCUCCCGGACAAGAGGCGUCUGGUGAAGAAUCUCUCCGGGGGUCAACAGAGACGAGUAUCCCUCGCGGCUGCUUUAAUCCAUAAGCCGCCUCUCUUGAUCCUCGACGAGCCUACAGUCGGCGUGGACCCGCUGCUCCGACAGGCAAUCUGGAAUUAUCUCGUGACACUCACCCGCGAACAGGGGAUGACCGUCAUUGUCACGACUCAUUACAUCGAAGAAGCCCGUCAGGCCAACAUUGUGGGUCUCAUGAGGUCCGGUCGAAUGCUCGCCCAGGAUUCACCCGAGCGACUCCUCGAGGACUUCAAUUGCGAAACUCUGGAAGACGUAUUCCUGCAGCUGUGUCUUGCGGAUAAGGAAGGACGGGCGAUCGUAAAGCACAAGAAGAUGCUCGAGGUGGUCAGCGAGAAAGCGAAGGAUAACAACACCGCCACCGUGGAACACGAGAAAGAAAAAGCUCCAAUAUACGAAAUUCCGCCAGAAGUGAAGCACACCCUCCCGCCCAGGAAACCUCACAGCGGAUUCAACACGAACACGCAGCGGCAUGAAACAACCUGGGAGGCUCUGUGUCGAGCGUUCGCACUCGUGAUGAAGAACGUCACUAGACUCAAAAGAAAUUAUCCAUUCCUCUUAUUCACCUUCAUCGUACCAUCGUUCCAAGUCGUUCUCUUCUGCAUCUGCAUCGGAGCCGACCCCUAUGAGUUGCCGGUGGCCGUAGUGAACUCGGACGUGCAUCCAAUCCUUUCGCAACCCUUCCUCGAAAGCAUCUCCAACCACACGAUUGUUCAACGACCUUACUCCGAUCUUGAUCUAGCGCUUGCCAGUGUGGAACGCGGCGAAACGUGGGGCGUCAUAAACAUAGGGCAUAAUUACUCAACGGCUUUGCAAUACCGAUUCAUACUCGGAAUCGACGCCGACAACGAGACCAUCGAAGAAUCAACGAUCGAUAUCUACAUGGACAUGACCAACCAGCAGAUCGGCUUCAUUCUUCAGAAGACAAUCUUCGAGUCUUUCAUCACGUUCUGCGAGAAUCUCCUGGUCAAAAUGAACAGAAACGUAGCUCUGGCGCAACUCCCGGUCCGAGUCAGGGAACCUGUCUACGGAAAUGGAAAACCAAGCUUCACCGAAUUCAUGGCGCCCGGAAUCAUCCUCUCGAUCACCUACAUCAUGGCCGUGGCUCUCACAGCAAUUUCGAUCAUCAUGGAAACUCGUGAAGGCACCAUGGAGCGCUGUUGGGUGGCCGGCGUGAAACCUUUCGAAGUCAUCGUCUCCCACGUGUUCUCUCAGUUUAUCGUCAUGUGCGUUCAAGUGGCCCUGCUGCUUGCGUUCAUUUUCAUCCUUUUCUCCAUCCCACUCGAGGGAUCCUUGAUUCUCGUCAUACUCCUGACUCUCCUGCAAGGUCUCAGCGGGAUGACCUACGGACUCGUAAUUUCAUCCAUUUGCGCCGAAGAGCAGUCUGCCAUGAUGUUGGCACUAGGCACGUUCUAUCCGAACCUGCUCUUGAGCGGAAUAAUUUGGCCGAUCCAAUCGAUGCCCAAGAUCGUUCGCUACAUCGCCUACGGACUCCCUCAGACUUUCCCCACCGAAUCGCUUCGUUGUAUCAUGUAUCGCGGCUGGGGCAUUGACAAAUACGAGGUAUGGAUCGGGUUUGUCGUAUCUAUCGGCUGGUCAGUUUUCUUCCUGCUCUUCGCCACCGCCGCCUUCAAAGCUAGGAGCUGA